AUGUCAAUGCACCACAGGCGUGGUCAGGCUGUUUUUGGGGUUGUUGCAGCUGAUCAUUUGAUAUCUCUAGGCUGUGUGACUGGUGAUCAUGGUGGGGUUCUACAAUGUGCUGGGGCAGGCGGUGCGCCACCCACAACCCUUGCAAAGUUUACCCUUAAUAGCCCAGUAGAUUUUUAUGAUGGCUACAACAUGCCAGUUUCGAUAUUCCCUACAGGUGGGUCUGGUGAAUGCAAGGUAGUGACAUGUGUUUCAGACUUGAACUGGAACUGCCUCAAGGACCUGCAAGUUCUAAGAAAUGGUUGUGUUGCAGCUUGUAACAGUGCAUGCAUGGCAUUCAACAAGCCUGAGUAUUGCUGCACUGGUGCUUACAGUACUCCUGUGACAUGCAAGCCAACAGAUCAUUCUAAAGUGCUCAAGGAAGUUCAGAACAUCAACCUUGAUUUGUAA